AUGGAGAAAACACUUAAAAUAGUCGUUUUAGGUUUAAGUGGAAAAGGAAAGAGUGCUACUGGCAAUACCAUACUUGAGAAACACAUUUUUGAAAGUAAAAUAACGCAGGAGGCAGUAACACAUAAAUGCUGCAUUGGAAAAUCAUCCAUCGUUCUUGAGGGAGAACGUUUUGAAGUUCAAGUGAUGGACACACCUGGUCUGUUUGACGGUGAAAAAAAACUUGGAGAUAUUGGGCUUGAACUCUUACGAGGGCUGGAAAUAUGUCCAAAUCCAGAUGCGUUUCUGAUUGUUUUGGAAAUCGGAAGAAUCACUGAUCUGGAUAUUUUGCAGUUUUCUACCCUCACUUGCAUUUUUGGAAACGAGAUUUUCGAUAAUUCCAUCAUCGUUUUUACUCAUGGCAAUAGUGUUAAUGAGUCAGAGUUCAAAGAUUUCUUACAAAGUUCUAAGAUCCAGGAGUAUACGGAGGCUUGCGGCAAUAGAGUGGCAAGAAUAGAAAACAGUAACCCAAUAGUGGGUAGAAAUGCUCAGCCAGUUUUGAGGUUAAUCAAAAACCUAAGCGGCGAACAGGGGCCUUUCGAGCUUCUGUACAAAGAUGCACACAUGUCAGCCCUUAAAAGCUUAGCAUCAACAUAUGACGAAAGCCAAACAGCUGCAAAAGAAGUCAAAAAGCUCUACGCAAUGAUGCUCAAAAAAAUAAAAGAAGAAGAGCGGAAACAAGCAGAGGAAGAAAUUAAGCGUGCAUUAGAUGAAGAGCGGAAAAAAGCCGCGGAAAAAAUGAAGCUUUCAUUAGAUGAAGAGCGGGAAAAGGCCGAGGAAAAAAUGAAGCGUGCAAUAGAUGAAGUGCUGGAAAAGGCCGAGGAAAAAAUGAAGCGUGCAUUAGAUGAAGAGCGGGAAAAGGCCGAGAAAGAAAAGAAGUGUGAAUUAGAUGAAGAGCGGAAAAAGGCCGAGGAAAAGAUGAAGCGUGCAAUAGAUGAAGUGCUGGAAAAGGCCGAGGAAAAAAUGAAGCGUGCAUUAGAUGAAGAGCGGAAAAAGACAGACGAAAAAAUAAGGCGUGUUUUAGAGGAGAAGAAUCAAGCCAGUUCAUCACUAAUAGUUGAUAUUGCCAAACGUGUUUUUACAGAAAUGGCUUCGGCGGGAAUAUCAAAAUGUCUUGAAAAUCUUGAAGUACAGUAA